GUAGUUUGUUGUUUUAGUGUAAUGACACCAAAUUGCGAGGAAUUUUUGCCGACUGUCCUAAUGAAUCGCAUGGGGAAGGAAAGCAGGAUAUGUUUACGAUUUGAAAGGACUUGCGUUGUGGGCAGAACUAAGGAAAUACGUAUUUAACAGGCCUCUUCCUCUAAACGGCUAGGCGAUGUUGCAGUUUAAAAGCUGAUACGAAAUACGAAACAUUCAACUUCGACAACAAAUGAGUACGGUAUACACUGUUGUUUAAAGGAGGAAGGAGUAACUCUAAUGAGGUGGAUUAUUUCCAUCCUACAAACAGAGAUAACCUUAACACAUUUUAAAUUCAGUAAUUUAUGAAAGCUAAGAGUUAUUGUAAGUAGAUGAUCACAUCUUCUCAGUUGAAUUCUAGAUUUCGAUGUUCAUCUCGUCGAACGCUAGCUAGAUUCUUGAUGAAGACGUGAAGAUAUUGCGAUGGUACAAGCUUACUCGCUUCUCUCUAGCUUUCAACUAUGAUCCCAGGUUAUGCAGAAAAAAAGGCUGAAAUCUGCCCUGCGUGCGGUUUCUCAAUUCAUCAUCUGCGUAAUCUUUCAAGGCCUGAAAUCAUUGUAAACGAACUAAAGGAAACUUUGUGUGGUGGAAAAAGACACAUCAGUUAGGCAUACGCGAAGCAAAAGGUUUAACUGUCGCGCGUAAAGUUCCCAUUUACACAAUUUUUUGCAACUUAAGAAAACCAGAGCAACAUAUCCCGUUUUAGGUUUUUCGUGUUGGACAUUUAGAACUUUCUAGAAAACAAUAAACCCCGCCUUCUGCGGGAUGUGUAGCAACCGAUUCACAAAAUAAUCUAAUGGCGUCAAAAGUCUUGGUAGACGAGGCAGAAAUUCAAACAAUUUCUAAUAUACAACAUAUCAAUGUCAAAACCAAGGGAUCCCGUUACAAGCGCAGCUUUUGUUGAAAACGAAGUAAGCCGGCAGCGAAAUUGUAGCGCAGAUCAGUCUUUUAAUACGUUCAGUUUUGGUAGUGCGGUACUGCAGAUGUUCCAAGUAUGGCCGCCUUGGUUUUUUGCUCAGUCAAAAUACGGUGUUUACAAAUUCCGCACACGCUCAUUAAUUUGUUAUUAUUCAGUCUUUUAUUGAGGGAUUUUUUUCUCGCUUUAAGCCACCAUAGGUGGGCGAAUUUGUAUACGGAAACAAGAUUUGUGGCUCCGAACAAGCCAGAUGGGUUCAAAGAAUUUGGCCAAAAAGUGACAAUGUAUUUCUAAUUAGUUAUAGCAUCAGUUACUCUCAACAGAAAUGAAUGAAGGCGGCCUUUUCUGUUGUCAUACUUUAGUUUCCUAGCUGUCUCGUAAGAGAUAAAUCACUACAUGUCUCAAGAAAUUAUUGAAGUGACAACCUUCUAUGUCUUUCAAUCUAUCCCCGUGUUAAAAAUGUCUUGUUUGCGGCUUUGUAUCUCGAUUAUUACAGAAAACACUGUUCUUCUGUUUCGUAAUUAAAUUUCAACAGCGCUUUUCGAUCAAAAUUUUUACCACGGUUAAAAUAUUUCGGUUUCAUAGAGGUGAUCCCAUUGAUGGGAAUUUUACUCUUCUCGAGAGGGAAGCAGGAAGGAUCGAUUAAAAAAAAAAAGAAAAUAACGAGAUAAAACGUACGUCAUUUCCCAGGGAUCAAUAUCCAGAGAGAAACCGUCAGUCUGUCAACUCCUUCUAAACCAAAAAUUAAGAGGCCUUCGUUUUUUUGUCAUUUGACGUUAAAUUUUGGGUUUCCUCUUCUUGCGUGUCUCACUUACCUACCCUCGAGUACUGUCAACGUCAACAAUUUUCAAUUUCCGUUCGUAAUCGGGUCACACCUGAGCAUGUAACGCUCCUUUUAAAAUUUAAGUGUGAAAUUUAUCGCUUGUUUCACUGCGGCUAUCAGGUCCCCCGCUCCAAUGCACGGGCGGGUAAGGAGCUAGUAGACACUGGGUGUACAACGCUAGCUCAUUGUUGCCCUGCUUAAAGAAUGGAUUCAAUCAAAAUAGCGUACCCAGCGCAAUACACAAUUUCGGCGCCAACACUUCGCGCGGAUAUGAACACCACAAAUCCGUCACACUUGAGUAACCUCUGUCAUCUUGUGAGGUAUUCGUUCUAAAUGCAGUGACUCGCUCGGACGAACUUAACACAUUGCAGCUAAAAAGUAGUUGGAUUUUGCACAAAUCUCAGCUACAUCUUGCGUGCUUAGAAGUCGGUAAAGCAAAGCAUGUGUAAGUUAGACAAAGCAGUGAAUUAGACCGGUUCGCUUGGCGCCCCAUUGGCGCCGCAGCUCAGAAGUCAUAUAAAUAGCAUGUAACACUAGCUCGGUCUUUCAAAGUGUACUUUCUCUGGGAGAAAAAGUCAUCGCUCGUAGGAGCUCGUUGAACAAAUAAAUCUCCGACGAGGUUUCUCGCGAGUUGGCACUUUGAAGAUGGAAGCUGUGACUCCUGAACAUAGAUGGAUUCAUCCUUCAGUCAGUCAGCAACACGAGAGCGCUCAUGCAAGCGAGAGAAUGCAGCCGUCUGCCUCGAACUGCGCCGCAAACAACAUGAAUUUGGUUGAGACGAACCAACUUCUUCCACCAGACGAGGUGGACGUUUUCUUUCACCACCUCGACAGUUCGGGAAACGCAACAAAUUGGUCAUACACUCCUGGCGGCCGAGCUUACCGCCCGUCAAUGUGCCAAAUGGCUGCGCACGGUGCAACAGCUUUUCAAGAUCCUCAAAGCCAAUCUGGGCCUCAAGGAAGCUGUAGCCGGGUGUUCUUGCCUACAGCACGCGUUCCUCCCGGUCAGGUUUGUCGUCCUCAUUUCCACACGCCGAUCCAGUGGAUCGAGAGCAAGCCAGCUCCUGGUUUGAUGUCGCACGGGUGUUCCACAGCAACUCCACCGUCAGUGUGGUGUCCUUCCUUCCAGCAGGGACAUCGACCGAGUCCUGUGCCUGUUUCUAUGCCACCUUCGGCGGUUUCAGGCUCCAUGUCGUUGUCUCACAGCUCCGCGCACUUGUUCCCUUUCCCUCCUACUCCGCCAAAGGAAAGCUCUGGCGAGAGCGGAGUCAUUGGUAGUGAAAUUUUCAGCUACGGUAGUGAAGAGAAGACGCGUUUGAAAGCCGGAAUGCCGCUUGUAUCCCCAAGACCUGACACAACACCCUUUGCGGGUUAUCCUUCGCAAGCUCUACCACAUUACGUUGGCUCAGAGCUAAAUAUGUCUUCUUUCGGUCCACUGCCUGGUUUGCCCGGGCUAAUGGCGAAUAGAAACUUUCCUAGAACGAGAACCAAGAGCCGAUCGAAUUCAGCCGAUGGGCGCGAGUGUGUCAACUGUGGAGCUACUUCGACUCCUUUAUGGCGGAGAGAUGGUGGCGGUCAUUACUUGUGCAACGCCUGUGGUUUGUACCAUAAAAUGAACGGAGCCAGCCGGCCGCUUAUUAAACCUAAACGAAGAUUGUCGGCAGCCCGCAGAGCUGGAACAUCGUGUGCUAAUUGUCAUACCACUCAAACGACAUUGUGGCGACGAAACCAGAAUGGAGACCCAGUCUGCAACGCUUGUGGACUUUACUGGAAAUUACACGCGGUCAACCGCCCGCUCUCGAUGAAGAAGGACGGUAUUCAAACAAGGAAUAGAAAAGUUUCUUCCAAGAACAAGAACAAGUCCAAGGGAGUGAAACAAGAACAGAAACACGGCAGUGAAGAAAAGCUUAUGGGUCAUGGCAGAGACUCCAUGCCAAGUAUAAGUCAAGGGAGCUCAGCUUCUUCCAUGAUAAGUCCUGUUUUAAGUCCUACAAUUCACACACCGACGGCGUUUUCGAGACCAUCAAUGACAGGAAUUCCAACGCUUCAUCCAGGUCUUUAUGGACCGCUUAUUCCUACUGCUACCACCAAUCCGUCAAGUUAUUUAUCAGCUCCUUCAUCUGUAUCGAUUAACGCUUCGUAAGAAACUACGGAAAGACAGCUUCUUUAAAGGAACAUUAAAACGUUUAAAAGCGAGAAUCGCAUCUGGAACUGACUAGUAAGCUCGCUUCAAAAAAAAAAA